GAUAGCGAGCUUGUUGGGUGAAACGUUACAGUUUGGACUCGGGGCACUGCUUGUACUGCGACAGAAGGGCACCACACACACACACGCACAUUCUGCCACUAGCCACCAUUAUAGUUGGGAAUAUCACACUCCAAUGGCAUCCUUGCCUCCCAACGGCAUGUGGAACUCCACUGAGUUGCUCCUCAACACAUCAGAGGGGAACAUCUCGCUGGAGCACCCUAAGGAGGGUGCGCACCCCUUCCUGACUGAUGCUUGGUUGGUGCCUCUGUUUUUCACCCUCAUCAUGCUUCUGGGUUUGCUGGGAAAUUCACUGGUCAUCUACGUGGUCUCUAAACACCGACAGAUGAGGACUGCCACCAACUUCUACAUCGCUAACCUGGCCCUCACAGACAUCCUCUUCCUCGUGUGCUGUGUGCCCUUCACUGCCGCCCUCUACCCACUGCCCAGCUGGAUCUUUGGAAGCUUCAUGUGCAAAUUUGUUGCUUUCCUUCAGCAGGUCACUGUUCAGGCCACCUGCAUCACCCUCACAGCUAUGAGUGGGGACAGAUGUUAUGCCACCGUGUGUCCACUCAAAUCACUGCGCCAUCGCACACCUCGUGUGGCCAUGGCUGUGAGCACGUGCAUCUGGAUCGGGUCCUUCAUUGUUUCCACUCCCAUAUUCAUGUAUCAGAAGGUUGAGGAGGGUUACUGGUACGGCCCCAGACACUACUGCACUGAGAAGUUCCCCUCCAAGAGCCUGGAGAAGGCCUUCAUACUGUACCAGUUCAUAGCCGUCUACCUGCUGCCUGUAUUCACCAUCUCAUUCUGCUACGCAUUAAUACUCAAGCGAGUUGGUCAGCCUGCUGUGGAGCCUGUUGAUAACAACUCUCUGGUCCACUUGGUAUCAGAGAGGACAGUUGCUAUCAGGAGUAAGGUCUCCAGGAUGGUUGUAGUCAUUGUCUUACUAUUCACAGUCUGCUGGGGCCCAAUCCAGCUCUUCAUCCUCUUCCAGUCUUUCUACCCAAACUAUAAACCCAACUAUGCUACCUACAAAAUAAAAACCUGGGCCAACUGCAUGUCUUACGCCAACUCCUCCAUCAAUCCCAUUGUAUACGGGUUCAUGGGUGCUGGCUUCCGCAAAUCCUUCAAAAAGGCCUUUCCGUUCCUCUUCAGACGCAAAGUGAGAGACAGCAGCGUGAGUUCAGGGACUGCCAAUGCUGAGAUCAAAUUUAUCACGACAGAAAUGAGCAAUAGAGGGGAAAUGAGCACUGGGCAGCAGGGGGCAUAAGCGGAGUGAUACAAAGCACAUACACAUGCAGCACCAAGCAGGGCACUAAGUGGGGCACUAAGCAGGGCAGCAAAUGGGGCACUAAGUAGGGCACCAAGUGGGGCACUAAGCAGGGCACCAAGUGGGGAUAAACGAUAUACAGAUAGUCCACUCUAAAAACAGCGUAAGAACUUGCAGAUGGGAGGUGGGGGUUCUGAUUAGCGGUGCUGGUCAUCGUUUUUUUAGUUUCUAUGGAAAAUGAUCGGUGGGCUGGAUUUGAAAAUGAAUUAAAAAUAUGUCAUGAAGCAUCUGAAACCAUCUACAACAGUAUUUCAUAAACUUACAGUGAGCUCUGGUCACGUAUCACCAUCAUUACAUACAUAGGGACCUUUGUGUACCAUAUGAGGAGUUAAAAAAAAUAUCUGCGUGCUGUUUGUUAAAAAACUGCGUCAGAAAAGUAGGCUGAAGGUUGACCUCACUCACUGUCCCAUUGAAGAGUCUAACUAACCUGCCCACACUAUUUAUGCAUGCAAAUUUGUAUUAAAACACAAAGCAUUUAUGUUGGGUUACUUGUUAAAAAGUUGUAGUAAUUUGUAUUUGUGGUAACAUUUUUAAGUAGGCUUAGCUCUUCAAAUCAUGAAAAACAGAAGGCAUCACUUGCAAAAAAAGAUUUAACAAAGAAUUAUAUAUCAUGAGGCACAUUCAGUUUGGAUAUUUAAAUUAACCCUGUCUGACUUAAUCCUCUCUGAAUGAGUCCUAUGAGUCGUAGUCCUGAUCAUACUUGGUCUUAAAUUCACAAUUGAAGCAUUUUUGAAAUACCAAACAGUUGUUAAAGCAAUGUAUGUUAAGGGGAAAAGACUACUAAAUAAUAUGAAUCUUCUCAACUGCUUGAAAAUGCUUACCAGAAAUAAUUUAAGCUAUUAUUUGUUUAUAAUUUGUCUAAAUGUAUUUGUUUAAAAAGCAAUUGUUGUUGUGUACGUCAAGCCUUUGGCAUGCAGUCAGACAGUGUUCUUCAUGUGAUUAUCUGAAGGCAUUCAAUAUUGUUGUGAUUUUACUGCUCUUUGUUGAUAGGUUAAUUCUUGUAAUUUUAAUAUUUAUUUUGGCUUUGAAUAAACCUAAGACUGAAUUAUUGGAAAGACAAAUAGUUCAGCAGAAAUAUGGUCUGUUUCUUUAUCUCUCCAGCACACUGAAAUAAUAAUGUCCAGCUGAUUUACCUUUUACGUGCUUUUUCUUGAUAAAAUGGAAAUGUUGCCAUACAU